AUGUCUUAUCAUCCCAAUGUUACUGAAGCUGUGCUUACUGACAGAAACCGCAAGAAGAUUUUUCAGGACUUUGUUCUUCACCCUAAACAUGGCAUUCCAGUGUAUGUUGUAAAAAAGCAGUAUCUGCUGUUGCGCACAAAUGAAGUUGAUCUUGACUUGUGUAUUCAGGAUAUUAUAAACGACAACGAAGACAAGGAAACAACACUUUCACCAGAUACAAUCAAAGAUAUUUUAGACAGUCUCGAUACAUCUUGGGACAAGAAAGUACUAAAAGUAAUUAUUGGUAACAAUCUUUCUAAGAAGGAUCAAAUAGAGCUUGGUAUAGGCUCCAGGGUAAGUAAAUAUAAGGAACAAGUGCUUGAAACAAUAGAGGCUCGGAAGAAAGUCAAGGCAAAGGCAGAAAUUGGUGUAAUGGAUGACUUGCAAGAAAAGAUAAACAAGGUGGAGAACAGCAUAUUAAAUAUGGAAGGAAAAAGUGAGGAAAAAAGAAAAGUUUUGGAAUAAGACACAACUAGAUGAACUGAUAGAACAUAUUGAAGAUUUGCAAGAUAAGAAAGAAACAUUUCUUAAACUUUUAAAUGGUGAGAAUGAGAAGGGUUUAAAAGAGAUGAUGUCAAGGAAAUAUAAGAAAGAAAUUGUGGAAAAGAAGGUUGGAAUAAGGAAAUCCAGUUCUGGCAGACCACAACAGUUGGAUCAAGAUGAGGAAUUUAUACUGAAUUGUAUUGAGAGCAAAUCAACAGCUCAAGGCCGUAGAAGUGAUGCAGUCAUGUGUAUACGAAUCAUAGAGUUAAAAAGAAAGAUUUCCUGA